ACUUGCCUUUUACGGUGAAACAUGGCGCUGCCCAGAAGAACUCGGUGAAGGAGUGCGGCAUUGAGGUGAAGACUGUCGGUUUCUUCUUCAUCUUUUCUAUUCGCUCACAGUCUCAGCUGUUCCCUCCUUCAGCUUCCCGCCACGCUCAGCCACAGGUCGUGAGGAGCAGGUGACAGUUCAGGAGGCAACAUGGCGGCGCAGGGAGGCAUCUUGUUCCAGGAGAAGGUCAGCAGGCUUCUCAGUAGACAGGACGGUAGACCUGUGCUGAAACCCAACAGGACGCUGGCUCUGAGAGAUGCAGUUGCCAACCGCAAACUCAAGAAAGGAGAGGCCACCUGUGUCACAGAGAUGUCCGUCCUGAUGGCCUGCUGGAAGCAGAACAACUUUGUGGACGGUGUGUGCUCUACGGAGACGAAGGCCUUCUACAGCUGUGUGGAGGCGGCUCAGGCUGCGAUGAAGAAUAAAUCUAAUCUGACCAGCAUGCAGGGAGGACGUCUGCACCCAAAACAAGCCACAACCCUGCUGAAGAGAUACCCCAACAUACGCACCGAGGUCUAGGAAGCCAGCUGUUCGAAUGCACGUGUUGUAUGGACUCAAUGUGGCUGCUGGACUGAGUCAUGGAACUGGGUUUCCUCACUUUAAGGUGUUGUCAGCUACUGUAUGAAUGAACAACGCGGUACCAUAUACAUUUAUUAAAUAAAUUAAGCAAGGAGCAGAACACUGAGAAGGCAGAUUUCAACACACACACACGCAGACCAGUUUUCUGUUACAGCCUUUGUUUUCACAACACAUUGUGUUUUAUGGUUUGAAACAUAAUGUGACUUUCUCCUCGUGUCCUGAAUUGACUCUGAUGAAAAUGACGCCAUCUUGUCUCAACCCAAUUUAGCAGAGUGGUCUCAUUCAGAGCAGAGAUGUUAUUAGUGGAUGUGAUGGAAUUAUUCGUCUUGGGUUUCAUGGCUCCUGGCCGGGAACUUACCAUUAUCACUGAACGCCGAAAUGACUCAUCACUCCUGUGGAAGCUGAGAUGGUGGUUAACAUCAGCCUAUCAGACAGACAGGGUCACAUGGAUCACCAAUAAGCGAAGCUCGUUGUGGUUGGAAUGGAUUUAAACAGUUUUUGAUCAAAUCAUUCAUCAGUUUUUUUCAUUUUCUUUCUUCCUCUGAUUGUGUCCCAGUUCCAGACUUUACAGAGUCUGUGGUGUGUUCACACUCUGAAGUUACAAAAUUCAAUAAACUAAAAAUAAAAAUUUGUAUGACUUUUAAGAAAAUGCAGAUUUUGGAGUGUGCCAUUGAUGUACAAGAUAAGAGCAACUGACAGCUUCAUUAAGUUCAUGGAAAAUAUUUUUUUUCUUUUUGAAGUUUAACUGAAGUUCAACGUUAUUCCAAAGUCUGACUGUUGAACAGUAUGUCUCUGCAUGUACUGUGACCAUUUUGAAAUAAAAUUGGACAGUUGUGUUUGAA